UCCGGAGAACAAACAUGGGUUUUAGAGGCCCCACCUGUGCAACAGCAGCCACUGGCUCUAAGAAAUACCUCCAGCUCCUUAUUUUCCAGAUGGCUCUUCUGGGGACUGUCUUCUGCGGGAAUGUCUUGGUCUGGCCAACGGAAGGCAGCCACUGGCUGAAUGUGAAGAUAGUUAUACAGGAGCUCAUCCACCAUGGGCAUAGUGUUACUGUCCUGGUAUCCAAUGCUUCCCUCUUCAUUAAACCCAAGGCUGAGGCUACGGAGAAGUUCGAGGUCUAUAAUGUGCCCUUCAAGAAAGACACAGUUGAGAAUCUGAUCAAUGAUGUAGUGGCAUUGUGGCUGAAUAACAAACCAACCACCUUGACCUUCUGGCAGUUUUACAAAGAGCUGGGAAAGCUGUCAAAAAACUGGCACCAGAUGAACAGGCUAAUGUGUGACGCCGUGCUUAAAAACCGAGAGCUCAUGGCCCAUCUGCAGGAGUCUAGCUAUGACCUGCUGCUGUCAGACCCAGUUACCCUCUGUGGGGACCUCCUGGCUCUCAAGCUGGCCAUCCCCUUCAUCUAUUCGCUACGCUUCUCCCCAGCCUCCACCGUGGAGAGGCACUGUGGCAAGCUCCCAGCCCCACCAUCCUACACACCUGCAGCCCUGUCCGAGCUCACUGACUGCAUGACCUUCCCUGAAAGAAUAAAAAACAUUGUGUCUUACCACCUGCAAGACUAUGUUUUCCAGAGAUACUGGGGUGAAUGGGAUAUCUACUAUAGUAAGAUCUUAGGUAAUCACUGGAUCAAUAUGAAAGUGCUGCUGGAAGAGCUGAUUCUCAGGGGUCAUGAAGUGACUGUGCUGGUGCCCUCAAGCAAUCUGCUGAUCAACUACCAAGACACUUCCUCCCCCUUCACCUUUGAGGUGUUAGAAGUCCCCUUUUCUCAGAAGACCCUGGAUGCUCUAAUGGACAACUUCCUCAAUUUCUGGUUGAAUGAGAUCUCUGAUCACUUCCCUUGGGAGAUCAUGUGGAAGAUAGAAGAGGAACUGAAGACCUUUACCAACAUUUCAAAGCAAAUCUGUGACACCUUUUUGAUGAACCCUCAGCUGAUAGCAAAGCUGCAGCAGGCGAAGUUUGAUAUUCUGGUAGCUGACCCCUUUUCUGUCGGUGGGGAGCUUGUAGCAGAAAUUCUAGCAAUUCCUUUUGUCUACAGCUUCCGCUUCUCUGAUGCUAAUGCAGUAGAGCGGCUGUGUGGUGGGCUCCCGUCCCCACCUUCUUAUGUGCCUGCUAGCACAAAAGGGUUGACAGAUCGGAUGUCCUUCAUGGACAGACUACAGAACUUCCUCUUUUACUUUUACAUGGAUAUGUUUUACUUGAAGCUUUGGCAAGAAGAAUGGGAUGGAUACUACAGUAAUGUGUUAGGAAGGCCCACAACCCUUUGUGAGACGAUGGGGAAAGCAGAGAUAUGGCUAAUAAGAACAUACUGGGAUAUUGAAUUUCCACGCCCUUUGCUGCCCAACUUUGAGUUUGUUGGAGGACUUCAUUGCCAGCCUGCAAAGCCGUUACCAAAGGAAAUGGAAGAAUUUGUUCAGAGCUCAGGAGAACAUGGCAUCGUGGUAUUUUCUCUCGGUUCGAUGGUCUACAACCUAAGUGAUGAAAAAAGUGAUAUGAUUGCCAGAGCCCUCAGCCAGAUUCCACAGAAGGUCCUCUGGCGGUACAAAGGAAAGAAACCAGAAAAUCUGGGCUCUAACACCAGGAUUUAUGACUGGAUACCCCAAAAUGACCUGCUUGGCCAUCCCUUGGCGAAGGCCUUUAUUACUCAUGGUGGGACCAAUGGGAUCUACGAAGCUAUCUACCACGGGAUCCCAAUGGUUGGGAUUCCCAUGUUUGCUGACCAGUUCGACAACAUUGCUCACAUGAGGGCAAAAGGAGCUGCAGUUGAGCUGGAUUUCAGCACUCUGAAGACGCAGGACCUAGUUGAUGCACUGAAUAGAGUCAUUGACAAUUCCACCUAUAAGGAAAAUGCUCUGAGAUUAUCCAUGAUACACCAUGACCAGCCAAUUAAGCCUCUGGACAGAGCUGUCUUCUGGAUUGAAUUUGUCAUGCGUCACAAAGGAGCAAAGCACUUGAGACCAGCUGCUCACCAUCUUACCUGGUACCAGUACCACUGCCUGGAUGUUCUGGCAUUCUUAUUCACCUGUACAGCCAUUGCUGUCUUCAUUCUUGUCAAGUGCUGCUUAUUUUGCUGCAGGAGAUGUGGCAGGGUUGCAAAGAGAAAGAAAGAAUAGUCAUCCUGUUCCCAUCAGCACUUUUGCUCCUCCUAGGCUGAUUCAGCAAGGCAUUUAUGCACAUUCCUUGGUGAAUAAAAUUAUUAGGAUCUGCUUUAAGCUGGGCAUAUCAUGAAGCACCCCAUUGAACUUCAUCAUGUUAAAAAGCUGUUGGGAGUAGAGCUGCUUGCUUAUUGAGAAAAUUCCUUCUGUCCUGAAUAAGAUUGAAUUAAAGUUGCUUUAUCCCAUGAGACCCUGAUAGCGGAUCACAGACGGUCCCUAGAAUAGUAAUUGCUGCUCUAACUUUUCAAAUUCAUUUUGGUAUAUUUCAUCAAUUCAGUGUUCCCGUGUGCAGUACUGUGGGUCCCUCAACCUGCAACUCAUCUCCUUACCUUAACACUCUCCUCUCCUAUAAUGACACCCAGGAUGCACAACCAAAAUAGCUCUCUCGAGACAGGACAGCAAAGCUAUCUCACAGGCUCCUAAAAAGCACCUAUCUGAACAGAUACAAGCGGCUGGUGAAGCUUGCACCACCACCUUUUUACAAAUCUAUGGAGUGCCUGGGGGCCAAGGGGAGACCAGUCCUAAAAUGAGCAGAGAAAUCACUUUUCUGAAAAUCAUUUCUCUUUUCCAUUCACUCUGGAUUUCUGCUGCACAGGCCAUCGCUCUUAACUGCAACAGUAUAAGGAUGUGAAAACCACCCAUCAGGAACUUGCCCGUCUUUAACUCCCAAAUGCCUCAGUCGUGGUAACUGAUAAAUGUAGGAAAAACUCCAGAGAUGGAACUUGCAAAGAAGUAACAUUUCAUGUGGGAACAGUGCCCUAGUCACUUGCCUUGCCUGAAAAGUUGGUGGGAAAAUAAUGUUGCUCCUGGCUCAGGUAAGAGUGGUAGCAAAUGCAGCAUUCUUGAAAUUGUUCAAGGUGCACUCACCAAGGAAAAGCCUACUAAAAUUAUGCAAGUUCAAGUCUCCUGUUCUAGGUAAGGAUAUUGCACUGCUGUGCCCGCUUACUCAGGAAGGAACCCGCCCCUGUUUUAACUUGUAUGUGCUGUAUUCUGAAUGCUGCAGAAUUGUUUUCACACAGAAGAAGCUGAGAAAACAUUUCAUUUGUUUACGUAAUAAAAUUCCCUAAAUUACAGUGGCUUUUUUUUUUUUUUUUUGCGUUGUCAAUAGUUUCAACCUCUGCUCAAAUCUCUUCAUGCUACAUCAUUUACAAAAACUAAAGUGAAGUGUUUCCAAACUAAAGAGGGGUUGGAACAAGACUAGUGCUCCUCAUGGUAACUUCUGGUACACUGCUCCUGUGGUCACGAUGGCUGAGUCAAGACCUUCCGGUUAAACUAAAAAAGAAGAGGGAUCUGCACAGGCAGUGCAAGCAGGGACAGGGAGCCUGUGAGGUGUAUAGAGACGCUGCCCGGUUGUGUAGGGAUGAAGUCAGGAAGGCCAAGGUGCAGCUGGAGCUGAACUUGGCAAGGGAAGUGAAGACCAACAAGAAGGGCUUUUACAGGUACAUCAAUCAAAAGAGGAAGAUCAAAGAGAACGUGCCUCCACUGAUGGUUGGAAAUGGGGAUCAUGUAUCAACAGAUGAGGAGAAGACUGAGGUACUUAACAACUUUUUUGCCUUCACCGAUAACCAAUAACCGCUCUCCUCAUCACUCUUGGGUCAUGGGACAGCAAGAUGGUGACCAGAAGCGUAAACCCCCUCCCACAGUAGAGAAGGAUCAGGUUUGUGACCACCUGAGGAACCUGAACAUAUGGGACCUGAUGAGAUGCAUCCCAGAGUCCUGAGGGAACCGGCCGAUGUGGUUGCCAAGCCACUCUCCAUGAUAUUUGAAAAGUCACGGCAGUCAGAAGUCGUCCCUGAUGACUGAAAGAAGGGUAACGUUGUGCCCAUUUUUAAAAAGGGUAAAAAAGAUGACUCCGAGAACUACCAACCUGUCAGCCUCACCUCCGUGCCUGGAAAGAUCAUAGAACAGAUCCUUCUGCUAAAGCACAUGGGGGACAGGUAGGUGAUUAAUGGCAGCCAGCACGGCUUCACCAAGGACAACUCCUGCCUGACCAACUUAGUAGCUUUCAAUGAUGGGGUAACUGCAGCAGCGGACAAGGGUAAACCAAAAGAUGUGAUCUAUAUUGACCUCUGUAAAGCCUUUGACACGGUUCCCCACAACAUCCUUCUCUCUAAAUUGGAGAGAGAUGGAUUUGAUGGGUGGACAGUAUGGUGGCUAAGAAAACUGGUUGCAUGGUCGUAUUUAAAUAGUGGUCAAUAGCUCAAAGUCCAGAUGGAGAUCCAUGACAAGUGGUGCCCCUCAGGGGUCUGUACUGGGACCAGUGCUGUUUAAUAUCUUUAUCAAUGAUAUUGACAGAGAGAUCGAGUGCACCCUCAGCAAGUUUGCGGAUGACAGCAAGCUGAGUGAUGCAGUUGCCACACUGGAAGGACAGGAUGUCAUCCAGAAGGACCUGGAAGUGGGCCUCUGAGAACCUCAUGAGGUUCAACAAGGCUAAGUAUAAGGUCCUCCACAUGGGUCAGGGCAAUCCCCAAUGGGAGGUGAUAUGAUUGAAAGCAGCCCUGCAGAGAAGGACUUGGGGGGUGCUGGUCGAUGAGAAGCCCAACAUGAGCCAGC